UGCCUUGGGAGAAGUAACACGGGGCCACACAACUGCAGGUCUACAUCACUGAAACCACGUACACCUCUGAACAGAGGCUUGGUCGCGCGCUCCGGGUGUCUUUGGAUAUAUUGCUGAAACAAAGGAAAUUUAGGCAAUUCGUCCCAUCUGGCUUGAGGUCAGUGAUGGUCCGUUCUGGUUAGAUCCUGCUUCCGAAGAUGUCAGCUACAGAUUCUGACUAUUCCAUUGACUGGCUGGCCAGUGAUGAUGAAGAUAAUGAUAGUGAAUUAGAGCCAGACUGUACCAAAGCACAGGGGAAAACCACACUGCCCAAAACCCCCUCUUUUGGGGUCAUCCAGGUGGUCCAGACUUGUCAGUCACUCACAAAGAGAAAUGGAGAUAAAGGCGAGGUGAACGACAAAGAGAAUAUGAGCUCUCCUGGAAGUUCUCCUUCCAGCUGUGACGGAUCGGAGUACAGCAAGGAUGAGGGGCUUUCUCACCUGGGAAGAGAAGAUCGGUCCAAUUACAGCAAGUGCCCUGAGAGCCCUAAAGGCAAAACGAGGCAGGCAUUGAAAAGAACACGGAGCUCCGUGGUGCUGGAGCAAAGGGAGAGGCAGCUCACACCCGAACAAAUGGAGAAAGACAGGCUAUUCGCAUACAAGUGCUUGGAGCUGCAGUGUUACAUUCAUCCUCUAUCCUCAAUCCUUAAUGGCCUCCGAUCAGGCAGAUACAGAGAACGCCUCAGCACUUUCCAGGAGAGUGUGGCCAUGGACCGCAUCCAGAGGAUAAUGGGGGUCCUGCAGAAUCCAUGCAUGGGAGAGCGAUAUGUCAACAUUAUUCUGAAAAUGGAGGAGAUGUUGAAGAACUGGUUCCCUCACAUAAAACCCCAACGAAACAAUGAAAUCAACACCACAGAGCUUAUGGAAGAGACGACCCUUUCUAAGAAACUCAAGUUGUCUCCAGUUGCAUCUCCCCUGCUCAACACCUUUGCAAACCCCACCACCACAAGUACCCCUAUCAUGGGUAACAAGGCAAUGAGAGUCAGCGACCUCACCCCUCCUGGUCCCUACUCGGCAACCAACCUAAAAUGGCUUCACACGUCACCCAUAUGCUCCCCAACGGCAGAACAGGCUCAGGGGACAGUUCGCAACUAUUUAACAGCGCACAGGGAGAAGGACACAACACAAGACAACUCUGUGUCCUCCAGCACGGACAGUGCGUACACUAAGACAGACUCCACUCCCAACCGAGCACCUCCCGGCAAAAUUAACGCCCCUUGCCUUGAGAGACUCCUUAAAUCCACAGAGAGUAUAAUCACCCAGAAAGGGUCAGUGGGCAUGGCAGCCAGCGGUUGGUCCUAGUCUUACGAAGGGGCUCCGGGAAGAGCCUUGCAAAUGCGUGACUGCCCCCAACUGGUCUGGAGACAGUUGACUCCGGCACAAUUCUUGCCUCCAUUCUAGCCUUGGGGAGAGGCACAAACCACAGCAGAGGGAGUUCAGAAGUUCAGAGCGACACAUUCAGUUACGUUUUGGAGUGUAAUCUUUGUGCGUGUUUAUCGCAACUGAUGUGUACGUCUGCAUCUGUUCCGUUCUGUUGGACUAAAGAUGGAGUUGUAGCAGUGUGUGUGUGUGGUGGGGAUUAGAAAGGUUCUUGAUCUUGUACUUUGAGAUGGUUUCCUUUGGAGUCGAACCCAGAGGAUAAACCUCCCGUGGUGGCAGGAUCCAACAAGACAGUGUUUCAGUAUCUGUGAAAAGCAAAUCUCUAGACAAAACAAAGCAGCCUUUUUUCAGAAAGGGAAGGGAAUAGAGGGAGGAAUUUAUUCUGGGAACACUUCAGAUAUUCCAGCGUGUUAGUGAUCUUUAUUGUAGGUGUGAUUGAAUGUGAAUUUGUUGCUUUAGUUUCCUCUUUAAAUCCACUCUAGAGAGUUGACUGAUGUGACUGUUACUUCUAGCUACGUUUUUGGUACAACGGUUCUACCUCAAUCUGACACAGCAUCUCCGGUAGUGUACAGAUACUGUAAGAACGCACGUACACUUGUAGACUCAGAGCGAGGAAGCCUCAAAAAGUGCAUAAAUGCAGUGAGCCAAACAUCCCUGUCAUGCCAGGGUGUAAGUUGUUUGGUUAGGACUUCAAACAAUAGGCUCCCUUCAAACAAGGAGCCCUGGAGGUGGGACUGGUGCCAUUGUAAAGAAUGUGAACUGAAAGUGAACUUUUUUUUAAGCCUCCCAGUUCAAGGGCAUACAGUGCCUGUCAAUUUGAUGUCAAACUGUGCCUCUUCGCUAAUUUUGAAGGGAGAAUGAGAACCACCAUGAGUACCUGACGCCUCUGAAGGAUGUACAAAAAAAAAUCAGGAACCUUCGAAACUCCUGCCAUUCGUUGUUAUUUUUUUGCUAUCAAGUAAAUUAUUGAAACUCUUGCCAACUACUUCCUGUGGUCAUGUGAGAAAUUGACAUUUCGGUUAGCCACAUCUGGACAAUAUCUAAGAGGGAAAAGGUAUUAACUGUGUACAUAUUUGGAAAAAGUUGUUAAUUUACCCUUGCAAAGUGGCCUUUAUAGUGUAAUAUUUUAUACUUUCAGAAAUAAAUGUGGUUAUAUUUGUUUGCUGUA